AUGACUACUAGCGUCACCUCCUACACGCCGCUCGAGACUCUGUUAUUGUUCCAGUCACUGUUGUCCUAUGGCACAGAUCCAGCCGUCUUCGGCAGGAUUUCCGAUCUGCUGACGAAGAACCCUCACAUCCGCGAAUCCAAGGAUUACGACAGCGGUCGCUUGAGCCCGGACGCGCUGAGGGAGCUUUAUGAGCAUUAUCUACGAUUACUAGAGAAAGAUGAGGCCAAGAGCGAGGCUCAAAACAUAAACGGCGCUGCAGAACAAGCAUCGCAAAAUGGCGGCUCUCCAUCACCGUCGAGGAAACGCAAGGCUCCGAGCCCCAGCUUGCCAACAGCGCAGGAAGCGACGCAGCAUGCCCAUCUGACUCCAGCCUUGGUCACGAAGCUUUACGCCCGAUAUCGCGAGCAUGUUACAGAGGAGAUCAGGGCUGAGGAGCGCAGAUACGAUCAGCUGAAGCGCGAAGAGCACGAGAUAGAACGUGGUGAAUGGGAUGAGCGGAUACGUCGUCCGGAGCUCUCGAACGGAACGGGGUCAAACAAGGACGCUCAAGGAUCGCCAACUGUAUCUUCGAGAGAUGUUCCAGCCCCAGUCGAGCCCGUUGUCACUCCUGAUAAUCGGCCUCCGGGUGCUUCUCCAGUCUUGGGCAAUGCUGUCUCGAAGUCUCCCAGCAUUCGGUAUGCGCAGGCUAAGAUCGAUGCCGUCAUCAACCACGAUCCCAAACCAUCACCGAAGGCGAGACCGACUCCACUUGAACGGCCUUUGCAACCCUCGCCGGUGCCGCAAAGUUAUGCGCUCCCGCAACAGGCACCACUGCACCACCGGGCACCUGCUCAGUUGUCCCCAAGGCUUCCUCCACCCCUGCCGUCCAAUGCGGGUUAUCGGCUAGCUUCUCCGGCUCUGCAUAACUCCCCGUACUCUCAGUCGAAUCCGCAACAUGUGUCCGGACAGUCGCCUACCACUCCGUCGCAUAUCGGUCGGCCCCUUUCCUCGCCGGUGAUGCUGCCCCCUCCACCUGGCAUGACCCUACCUGUACCUCCGAUCCAACCGCCUUCAAUAGGUGGCAGUCCUCCGUUUAGGAAUGCGCCGUCCGGAUCUCUUCCGCUGCGUUCGCCAGGGUCAUCUCAGCGCUAUGGUCCUGCGAGCCAGCAAGGCGGGCCGCCAUUCCCGCCUGGGCUUCCUCCUCCGCAUUUACCGCAACAGGGUCCUUAUUAUCCGUCGUACCCAAACCAUGGCCCAUAUCACCAGCCGCAACCACAGCCCCCACCACCACCGCCAGUGUUUCGUCCCCCACACCAGGGCGGGUACAUGCUUCCGCCUUUCCAGGUUACGCCUCAAGAUCCCACCCGCGUGCAUCAACAGCAGCAGAGGGCGCAACAACAGGCCGUUGCAGCUACUCCCAAUCGCACCCCAGCUAGUAAUGCACAACCCCGAGCGCCCGCAACGGGAGUGGCACGCCCUCCUCCGCCUCUGUACUCGCAAUCAUCUGAACCCCUGACUCAGCCCGCUCAACGAGCAAAGCCCUUGACUGCUGUCAGGAAACCGCGGCCGCUCAGCCUCCCUACUCGUCCGCGGCUGAGCGCCCGAACUCUAUGGACCGCCACUGUACCUCCUGAGCAGUAUAAGAUGGAACCUCCGCCGCCACCACCGAUUAGUCCUGUCAAUGACGCCUUCCCCGCACCACCAUCUGACGAAGCGGCUUCAGUCACUCAAUCGCAGACCAAGGGUCGGAGGAAGCCCAACGCCGCCGAGACCCCUCGCAUCGAGCAAGCAGAAGCCGAGAAGAGCCCACCUGUACGCACGACUCGUAGUCAACCAAAGCGAACAGGCGGCGGCGGCAGUGCAGCAUCAUCAGUUGUUAUGCGCUCUGUCCGUGGGCGGACAAGAAGCCAAUCCAUCGCUUCUCACAUCGAAGAUACCAUCACCGAAACCGGAUCCGCCAACAGCCGCCGCGUAAAACCCGAACCCAGCACUCCCGCCAACCUCCUCGAAGAAGACACCUCCGCCCCCGACUUUACACCCACAGCCACAGCCACCGCACCCGUGACGCGCCGCCGCGGCGGAACCCUCCAAACGCAACCAGCCCGCCCCACGAAGCGCAAACGCAGCACCCUCGAAACCGAGCCCUCGCCCUCCGCGUCCAUCGAACCACACACCCCACACCCGGAACUAGACCAGCAGCCCGCCACCGUCCUCGCCAGCCGCAACUUCUCCCGCAUGAGCGUCCCGAUCAUGAAUGAUAUCCUGAGCCACAAACACGCCUCGCUGUUCAGCAAUCCGGUCAAGGAGAAGAACGCGGAGGGGUACAGAGAUAUUAUCAAGCGCCCGCAGGACCUCAAAUCUAUCCGCUCGGCCAUCGCGGCGGGGACGCGAGCCGUCAAUGCGCUCACCUCCGCCGGGGCAGGCGCGGGCACGGGCGUAGGCGCGAGGGACUCACCCGCCGGCGGUGGUGCAGGGGGCGCCAGUCCCGGUGGCGUAGGCACGGCGGUCACGCUCGAGAGGACGGAGGAGCUGGUCCCGCCGAAGGGCAUCGUGAACAGUGCACAGCUGGAACGGGAGCUGAUGCGCAUGUUUGCGAACGCGGUUAUGUUCAAUCCGGGUGAGGAGGGGGUCGUCAGGGAUGCGAGGGAGAUGUUUGAGAGCGUGCAGGGGGCUGUUAGUAACUGGCGGAGUGCGGAGAGGAGGAGUGAAGAUAAGGAUAAGGAGGAUGAGGGUGGGGAUGGGGAAGGGGAGGGUGGGGGGAGUGGGAGGAGGAAGAGGAUAUAG